GCUUCAUCUACCACCAUUUAACGCGUUUGUCUGGGGUCCCGCGCGGCGAAUAAAACGCGUGAAGCGACGUCAUCAUCAUCUUCUUCUUCAGUGUGGAUGUGCUGGAGUUCAGCUGAUGGGAUCAGCAGCUCAUCUGCAGUAGCAGGUUAUCUCUGCUCGUGUGUCUCGGGGUGAGCAGAGGAAGAGAGAGAGUGAGAGACACAGACACAGACUAGUCUCUCUCUCUCUCUCUCUCUCUCUCUCUUCACCUGCGUCCUCUGUGGCGCAGCUUCAGUCCGAACCAUGACGUCACCCCCGUCCCCGCUGGCCUCCCCGUCCCCGUGUCCUCCCCCCCCUCCCUCGCUCCCGUCCUCCCCCACGCUCUCGUCUCCCGCCCCGUCCUCGCUGCCCCUGCCGCCCGCUCUGCCGCCCACCGGAGAGGUCAUGGUUCUGGCUCUGGGCCGUAAGAAGCAGCGGCUCCUCAUCGCUCUCUCCAUUCUUCCCAACCUCUUCCUGGCGUUCCUGCUGUCCUCCGACCCGCUCCUGACCCUGUCCCCGGCCUUCUGCUGUCGUCUCCCGCGACCCUCGUCCGCCCCUCAGCUGACCAACGGCUCCGUGAGGACGGAGAAGAGAGCCGGAGAUCUGUCCCAGUGCAAGCACACGCUGGUGAACGGCACACAGUCGUGUGUGAAGGACUGCGACGCUGGAUACGACUACAACGUCACCGAAGGCCUGACCAAUAACAUCGUCACAGAGUGGGAUCUGGUGUGUUCGCGGUACUGGCUGGUUCCGGUCGAGGAGGUGUGCUUCAUCCUGGGGACGCUGACAGGCUGUGUGUGUCUGGGCUACACGGCUGACCGGCUCGGCAGACACAAGUCUCUGCUGGUGUCUCUGACGCUGGCGGUGGUGUUCGGGGUGCUGGUGUGUGUGUCGCCCUCGCCGCCCGUCUUCAUCACCAUACGCUUCUGUCUGGCCGCGGCGAGCGCCGGCGUCUUCCUCACGCUGUACGUCACACGUCUGGAACUGUGUGACCCGUCGCUGCGGCUGCUGGCCACGAUGAUGUCCGGUCUGACCGUGUUUGGGGGUGAGCUCCUGCUGCUGGCUGUGGCCCUCGGCUGCGGCUCCUGGAGGGGCCUGUUAGGAACCGGAGCGGCUCCUCUGUCCUUGUUCCUGUGCUACGGGAUCCCGGGAGUGUUUCCCGAAUCUCCGCGCUGGCUUCUGCUCUCUGAGAAAACGGGGGACAUGAAUUCCUUCAGCGAGCGGCAGAGAGAUGACGACAGCUUCUCGGAGUUGGACACGGAGUUGUCCUCGUCUCCUGGACGUCCUCGUCUGUCUUUUCCAGAGCUGCUUCAUAGCAGAAACAUCUGGAAAAACCUGUGUGUGCUGGGAUUCACUUCGUUCAUCUCUCAUGGCAUCAGUCACUGCUACAGCUCCUUCAGAGGUGAUGUCAGAGGAUUCACCCCCAGUUUCUAUUGGACGUACCUGCUGUCUGUGUGUGCAGGGGGCGGGGCCUGGCUGUUGCUCUGGGCAACGGUGGACAGGUUUGGUCGUCGUGGGAUUCUUCUUCUAGCCAUGACCUUGACCGGACUGGCCUCCCUAAUCCUGCUCGGACUCAUGGAGUAUCUGAGUGAGUCAGCCAUGACCGUGUUCUCUAUAAUGGGCCUGUUCUCGUCCCAAGCGGCCGCCUCCCUCUCCAUUCUGUUCACCGCUGAAGUCAUGCCCACCAUCAUCAGAGGAAGUGGUGUGGGAGCGGUCAUGGCGUUGGGUUGCGUGGGCCGCCUCAGUUCUCCUCUCAUGAAUCUGCGUAAUCACUACGGCUACUUUCUGCACCAUGUGGUCUACUCGUCUCUGGCCCUGCUGGCGGUUCUCUCCAUCCUGCUGCUCCCGGAGAGCAAACGCAAACCCCUUCCACAGACGCUGGCGGAUGGAGAACAGUACCGCCGUCCUCCGCUGGUCCGAAGACGUAGGGAUAACGUUCCUCUUCUGGCUACGCCCAACCCAGAGACCUAGCCUUUACUCUUCAACCGCAAAUACUGAGGGACUGACCUCGGAGGCCCGUCCUAAUAAUCCUGCAUUUGUAGUCAUUCCUAACACGUGUCGGUGGAGUCGACUCCGUCAUGAAGUGUGAGGGGGUGAAGGGUACCGAAGCACGUCCACUGAGUAUGCAAACGCUUGUUUGGCUUAAACAAGAGCAUACACUUUUAAUUAAGCAUUGUCUGACCCAUGUAGCAUUCGGUGACUUAUUAGUAAUAUAUUAGACCAAUAAUGAGAUAAGGGCUCAAAAUGACAGGUCGUUUUGAAACAUAUUUAUCCCUUUCAAAACAGGCUUAAGUUCUCACUCCAGAUGGAAGAAGAAUGGAAUUGGUUCUCUUCGUACUUUAUUGCUGCUACGAAUGGCACGCCCAGAGGACCGCUGCAGGACUGAUCGACGCAUCGCUGAGGAUUAUUUAUGUGCACUCUGAUUGCACUGAGGCAUGAUACUAGAAACACUUAUUAUUGUAUGUUCAUCACUCUUUGUUAAAGGAGUAUUAUUGGAAUGCAACUUAAGUUGUAUGUGCAGAAGCUGGGACGUGUUGUCAGUUACUCCAGAUUUUAUUGUUGACUGUUGCACAAUCAGGUGAUAACUUUUGUCAAAACAUAACAAAAUAAGAAUUUGCGCUGUAAAAAAAAAAUACAUGCUUCAUAUCUCUGAUUUUAAACACUUUAGUGCAUCAUCCAUUUUAAGUGCUUUACUGUGCACACUGAUCCUGUUUUAUACAAACUGAGAGACAAUUUUGUGGAGUAAUUUGACAGCUUAAGUUGCUUAAUAAACCUGUAAUAUUCCUUUAAUGAAGCUGAUUGAAAUCGCACCGCUCAUAGCAUCCCUUAUUUCUUUGUCACUUACCUGCUGAAGAGUAUGACAGCAGAGGGAAGGAAAGCACAGGUUCAUUUGAAUGUUGACACGGUCAGGAUUUGUGUUUGUCUUUGUCUCUAUUUUGUCUGUUGCAUUUUUGAGAUAAGAAACAUUGGAAACACAAGUUAUGUAGCUUUCUCUUGUAAAUGCGUCUUUGUGUUAGAUUCUUUAAAAUGCACUUAAUAGUUCUGAAUUGUUAGAAAUAAUUCUAAUUAUUACUAUUACUACUACUACUUGAAUAAUAUAGGAUAAUAGUAAUAAAUCUGAUGAUUGCGCAACACUUACUAAACAAUGCUGUAAUACUAAAUCUUUAACCAAGUCUAAUUACAAAUAAAAUCUGGUAAAACCACA